GCAAUACAAUGGCGGAACUCAAUCUGUUUGCGAACAAUCUUCGAAGAGAACUCACUUGUUCCAUAUGUGGAGAGAUCUUUACCAACCCGAAGACGUUAAGAUGCCUGCACAGUUUCUGUUUGAAAUGCAUAUCUGACUGGAACGCGUCGUGUAGACGAAAAAGACGACCACUAACGUGUCCUUCAUGUCGGUCAAUAGAGAGACUCGAAGGCAAUGACGUGUCAAGUCUUCCUUMUUCGUUUCAUCUUCAACCUCAACUGAAACUUCUUCAAGAUAUGAGAAUAAGUGCAGACUUUCGAGAACAAAACAAACUGCCAGACUGCUACGUCCAAAAUCGAAUGUAUUGUCAGAAAAGAUAUCACGACAAAAACAAGUUGGACUUUUACUGUACAACAUGCAAAGAAUGUAUUUGUCUCAAAUGUAACGCAACAGAACACAAACUACACCGCACAGUGACCGUCGAGGAAGCCGCAGAAGAAGUUAAAGUGUUAAUAAUUCGGGAUAUGGAUCGAGUGAAUAAAGUGAGAGAAAACUACGAAAAGACACUUGAACAGAACACACAGAAUAUGACAAGAAUUGAACAAGAAACUAACGCAGCAAUAAAGGAAGUCAGCGAUGAAGUAGAGAAAAACAUCAAAGUCUUGAAAGAACACAAAGCAGCUGUCAUUGAAACCCUGCAAACUAAAGUUCAGAAACAGAAAACACAGAAUGACGAAAAACAAAGAAAAAUACGUGAUGAAAUCCAAAGACUUUCUGAAUUUAACCUUCAAGGUCAGACAUUGCUCGAUGAAAAUGUAGCACAUUUUAUUGUCAAAAGCCAGCAUGAUAUCUCUCAAAGAUGUGAAACGUUUCUCGAAGUACAAUCAAUAUUGACCGGCAAAUCAACUGAACGCAACGCAAGUGUACGGUACACACACAACCCUCAAGUCACGCAAGCCCUGAAGGUUAUUGGAAAGGUUGUGGAGAGCUUUACAGAUCAAUCAGAUUUGAUUGAUGUGAAAACUCGUGAUGUCAGAAAUGAAUUUCAAUCUGCGAAAACUCUUGAAGUAAAAGGAAAGGGGACAGGACCGUUAUAUUUUCCCGUGUCACUAGCAGUAAGUGAUGAAGGAGAGGUAGCCAUUGCUGACAGUAUGAAUCAUCGCAUUGUAAUCUUCAGUGCUGAUGGGAAACAAUUGCGCCAUUUUGGGAAAGAAGGAGCUGAACAUGACCAACUUAAAGUGACAUUUGGUGUAGCCUUUAACAAAGACCGUUUACUUGUUACAGAUAAUAACAAUAGAGCCGGACGAUUACAGGAGUUUUACUUGAAUGGUACCUACUGCAGAACGUUUUACAAACAGAAAGGUGUUGAACUCUUUGGAAUAUGUACAUCAAGUGAUAGAAUUGCAGUUUGUUAUCAUCAUUAUGUCCAAAAGAGAAUGACUAGGUCAGGAAUAAAAGUAUUCAAUAAGCAAUCUGGUCAAUUCAUGCAAGAAAUUCCCUCUGUAAAGAAUACUGAAAUGCCACGGCAUAUUGCAUAUGGUAACGGUAAAUACUUUGUGUCAUAUUUAAAAGCAGACUUCAUUCGUGUUUUUGACAGUAACGGCGCAUUUCUCUAUGCAUUUGGAGAGAAAGGGAUUGGAGAUGGACAGUUCAACAGUCCACGUGGUUUUGCUGUUACAAGUGAUGUAAUCCUUGUUUGUGAUCAUAUAAACGACCGAGUUCAGAUGCUGAAUCAAGAUGGUAAGUUUAUAAGGUCCUUUGGUAAACAUGGCUCAAGUCUUGGUCAAAUGGAUUAYCCAUUGGAUGUCGCUGUUGCAUCAGACGGCCAAGUCUUUGUACUUGUUGAACGGGACGAUCACUGUGUUCAAGUGUGGCGAUAAAAAUUUUGAAAAAAUGUAAAUGUAAUUCACAGUUACACUAAUCUGAAAACAAUAUCCACGGAUCUAAACAAAUGAAAGAGAGGCUUUGAAAAAGAAAAAUGAUUUWAAAACUAGACGCUCAUGGAGCGUUAACAUGGGCUUCCUGUAUGGUAACGUUAAUCAGAUGACUUCCCUGAAGUAGCGUCAAUGAUUUUUUUCAUGUUGAACGGCAGUAAAGCUGUUAUCCUUCACGAGUUUGUAAAGUUUCUUAUGAUUGUAGGAAUAAAACAACACUCAUUGUUUUCUCGUUCUUAAA